GCUCCUUCGCCGGUGCACCCUGUGGGUGCACGACAUCGUCUGCCGAUUUUCUCACAGCGCAGCUCGCAGCAUACCCUGCCACCAGUUUGCCGCUUAUAAAUGCGGCUCAUCGCCGCAUUGGAACUAUUAUGACGAUACAUGCGCUGCAGUGCUUGUCCGAAGCGUUUGAAGUCCACCUCACCGCUUUUGGCUCCUUCGUUUCUUAACCUCUGACAUGCCCUUCGGAUCCUUCAUCGGUCGUCUACUCCUGUCUUUAUUUGCUUUCGCAGUUGUCGUUACGGAAUUUCUUCAGGCCAAUAAUGGUGAAUCUCCGUGUCAUGAAUGGGGACGCUGCGCUCAAACAUGCAUCCAGAAUUGGAAAGAUCGGUCUCUUGUUGAAUGUGGUUGUGUUGAAGGCUUUCGCCUCGACUCCAAUAACUUCUCCUGUCUUCCAGUUGAUCCAUUAGUGUCAUAUCUUUUGAUAACCACCAGUGCUGGUAUUCAGCAAUCAUUUGUGGAAUCGAAGGGCGAGAGCCACUUCUUGUACAGUAGCAACACUCUUGCUGUGGCUGUGGAUUUCCUUUUGAAUGGCCCUAACACAACAGUAUUCUGGAGUGACAUAAACACGGAUACGAUCAACGCAGGGGAAAUCGUGGAAGGAAGACUGAAAGAUGUGCGCUCCGUCGUGACGGGUGGUCUGGAGUCAGUGGAGGGCCUGGCCGUGGACUGGAUUGCGUGCAAUCUCUACUGGGUGGAGAGCAGGCACCAAGAAAUAGAGGUUUCGAGGUGUGAUGGUUCCAUGCGGGCAUCCGUAGUGGGCGAUGUCCGCCGCCCUAGAGCCUUGGCGCUGGAUCCGCGAGUAGGGUUCCUCUUUUGGACUGACUGGGAUAAUGAAAACCCACGAAUUGAGCGAAGCUACCUGGAUGGCAGCUCAAGAAAGGUGAUAGUUAAUGUGGGCGAGUACAGUAACCUGCCAGAAUCUUUGCCCAAUGGAAUUACGCUGGAUUAUGCGGUCAAUAGAGUCUAUUGGAUUGAUGCUGGGUCUGGCUCAAUCCACACUGUUAAAUAUGAUGGGACAGACCAUAAAAAAAUACUUCACUUGUCAACAUUUUCCAAGCCUUUUUCAAUGGAUGUGUUUGGUGAUUACUUUUAUUGGACAGACCUUGCAUUUUCUAGUAUAUAUAAGGCACAUCGGUUUUCAUUGAACGCAUCUCAGAAGGUGGUUCUCCAUUCCAGUAGUACACUCUAUCAGGCUGCUAUUGUUCAUCCUUCUAGACAUCCCACGUACAACACAACAAAUUAUUGUGCCAAUAACAAUGGCUUCUGCAGUCAUCUGUGUGUUAUGGGAGAUGAUCGGCCUUUGUGUAUGUGUCCAUAUGGCCUGCAACUUAGCUCCGACAAGCGGACUUGCAAAGAUCAUGAACCACUGGUUCUUUAUCAAACAAAGGAGACAAAUAUUGUCUAUUUUGCCUACACAGAGGAUCCGUUUCGGUGGAUUUAUCCUCCUGUGAAGCUACACGUCACUGCUUUUGCCUUAACCUUCGAUAGCCGAAAUGAAGUUUUGUACUGGAUUGAAGGGAGAACGAUAAAAAGACACAUGCUCAAGACCUACACUACUGAAAUAUUUGCAAAAUUUGGGUCCUUGGUGAAGUUGACUGCACUAUCGAUCGACUGCUUAUCUGGCAACCUGUACAUAGGAAACUCUGUGCAGCUCAACAGCGAAAUUCGCAGCCAGAUCUCUGUGUGUUCAACAGGCGGACGGUACUGCAGCAAUCUCAUCUGGGAUUCUGUGCGACAUGUCAGUGAUCUUGCAGUGGAUGCUGUGAACAGACUUGUUUUGUGGAUGGAGCGAGAGCGUGCAGCAGCUGACCAAGAUUUAAUGACAGUUAAAGCUGCACACCUGAAUGGCUCCAUUACACGGAUGUUGCACACAUGGACCUGUCCCAGAAAUGCUGCAAUGAAAGGUUUUGACGUGAAUCCUUUGCGAAAGGAAGUGUGCUGGAGUGAUUCAAAUAGAGGUGCCAUUAUGUGCGUCGGCUACAGCACUACAGCCAAUUUUUCUGAAAUGGUCCUGGCCAGUGGUGGCAGUCAAAGCCACUUGCUAUUUAUGGCUGACAAGGAGAGAUUUUUUUACAGUCCUGGAAAUGGUAGCUUGUACUGGGUCACCUAUGGCUCCCGUGAUGCACCACACCUAGUUUGGAAUGGUACAGAGCCUCUGGCCUAUUUGAAGCAUUCUAGUCCUGAUGUCUUUCUUGAACAUUGGACCUCAAGACACCCAUGCCAGCAGUUGUUGGUGCCUUGCAAAGGAAUAUGCCUCCCGGAAGAAAAUGGCCACAGAUGCUUGCCUGUUGGAGGUUCAGACACUCUUUUGGUGUUUCUCCAGAAUCAUAGGACUGUUGUUUACUCUGUUGGAUCAGAUCCUACUGUGCCACCGCUUCUCUUGCAAGCAGAAUUCAGCGAGAUGCCCCUAGAUUCAAUUCACGUUCUUUCUGCUGAAGAAGCAGUAGUGUUCUCAAGCCGUGAACGAUUGUAUCGGGCCCGCAUUGAUGGUUAUAAUGUUACUCCUGUGGCAACAUUGAACAACACCAGAGUCACUGCACUAGCUGCUGAUGCAUUCUCAGGUCUUUUGUAUAGAGCUGUGCUUAUUAGUCGUGGUGCCCGGAUUGAAUCUUUCUUCCUGAAUGGAACUGGUGUCACUGUACUGGUGGAUACUGACCUUCACAGGGUCAAUGCUUUAGUAAUACACCCUUCUAGAAAACUUCUGUUCUGGAGUAAUGCAGGUGAAUGGCCACGUAUUGAACGCUUUGAUUUAGAGACAAAGGAGCGACAAAUCAUCGUUCAGGAACAGUUGUUUCAAGUGUCUGAUCUGACAUUGGACUUGAAGCAUGAUCUACUGUACUGGUGCGAUCUGGGCACAGCUCGCAUUGAGCAAGCACGGCUGGAUGGCACUGGACGCACAAGAAUAGGCCUCAACAAGGGCCCCAAUCGCCACUAUUCCCCAGUUUCUGUGGCGGUCUUCCAGUCUGUGCUUUUUUGGAUUGAUAGCACCUACUCGGGUGGCUCUUUGGUAAUGUUUGUCAAAAACCGGCAUCCUCAGACGUCAACAUGGAGUCGGUUUCUUGGUCCAAAUAUGUCUCAUCUGCAACUUUACAACAAGCACAUGUUCCCAUAUGUAAAUCAGUCAAAGGAUAUGUACAGCCCUAACCUGAACCUUAUGUCAUGCCGUGGCUUCUGCUACAAUGGUGGGACCUGUUCAGCUAUUGAUAAUGGAACUGGUGGACCCACUUGCCAGUGUACUGCCAAUUUUACAGGGCCAAGGUGCCAGUUCUAUGCAGCAUACAUCUACAAUCCACCUUUCUCUGAUGAGGAACCAGCUGAUGUGAAGAUCAUAAUGAUUCCAGUGGUGGUGCUACUUUCUGCAUUCCUGCUGAUGCUGGUGGUUGCUUGGGCGAAAAGGAGGCAUGCUUGGCAGUCCGCUGCAGUCUCUCUCUCUUCUGAAGAGGCCAAUCCAGCCUUAGCUGCACGUAUGAUUGACAGCCAGUAUGAAACUUCUUUCUCUGAUAAUGUGAGCUGGAAUGUUGUUGAUGGGGACUAACUUGGCUUUUGAAGACACAGAGCUAACUCCUGGAAACGGCAACGUGCUCUAUGGCCUUGCAUCAUUUCCCCGAAUGCCCUUGGCAACAAUUUUAAAGGGAAGGUGGCAACAUCCAGUGUGAUCAUCCUCAUUUCUAUUGUGUUGUAGCAUCAAAGUUUCUGGGCUGCAGCUUUUGGACUGCCAUUGCAUUUCUAAAAGCUUAAAUGGCCAGUUCUUUCUUCAGUGCAUCAUUCAGUAUGAUUGCUACAUUUAUUUGCCAUUUUUUUGCUGCUCUUUUACAAGAAUGACUGAGUCACAUAUAAACAAGGUACAUGAAAACAAUAUCGAAGGUUUUUAUUUUUUAAUCUUAAAUAUGAGCAAGGAGUUUGACACGAGUAACUGUCAGUAUGAACGUGUCACUUCUUUUGCUUUUUUUUUCUGGCUGCAGCAUGAUGAGGGUAAAGGUCAGUAAAACCAAAUUGGAGGUUGCAAUGUGAUUAUUUUAUAAUUCAACACAUCUGUUACUAGCUGCUACUACUAAAAGAGAGGUGCAACAAGGCAAGUAUUCUAUAACACAGUAUGCAGAAGCGAAGUCAAGUUCGGGUGCGAAGCUUCUUUUUCUAGUGGUAGAGAAAGGUCAUGUUCACAUUGACUUAAGGCAACCACCAGAACAAGGCAAGCUUGUUGCUAAUGUUCCCCCACUUGAGAAGGUAAUAGUUAUAGGGAGACUAAGCAGUGACCAUCAUUAAUUGCCCUGUUGUGUCAACACUGGUCACUUUUUUUUAGCCUGUUCACACUGCAUUUGAUAUGAACCAGGAUUGUUUGCCUUAUGCACUGGUACUGUGCCGCCUGAGGCAAGAUGAAGAUGACAUUAAUAUUCAGUUCUGAAUCAGAUUUGCCUGUUGGUGGCAUGUGUAAGCUGUACACUUUGGAUGUUAAAACUUUCCUUAUAACACAAGCACUUGUUUAUUGCACAGCAACACAUUUCAGUUUUAUAGCUUGUAUUCUUAAGAAAAGCUUGGCAUUUUUUAAUUUGAUGGAAUGAAGUGCCUGUAACAAUGUGUACAUUGAUUGUGUGGACACAUGCACACUUUUCAGAGUGUAGAAGAUGCACAUAAUUGCUCCUACCUUACUUGUACCGAUUGAGAUCUCACCCUUGUUCGACGGCUUCAAGCAUAAGGCACAAGAAUAUUCAUAUUCUGCAUUCUGAAAACGAGCGGUUGUCUAUAGAUGGAGCAGCUAGUCACAGAUGAUGUACAACAUUAUUGUUGCGUACUUAAACUUCUCUGUUGCAUAGAAUAUAUUUUAGUUGAAAGGAUGGCCAAAGCUAAGAACUUUAUGUACCGAACUGUCCAAUGGAAAGUCCAAAUUGUGUGCUUGCUUCAGUUCAUACUGCAAAAACUUAUGCACGAUGUCCAAGAUUAUCCAUAUAAGCUUUCUUUAUACAUGACGGUAAUAAAACAGUAAUAAGCUGUUAUACACGAUUGCCUGUAUAAAGAAAUUUCAUGUAGUGCUAGAGUUGAAAAAUUGUGUUGGUCACCCGUGUGCACAGUUGCAAUUUUAUUUCUUUUAGUGCAUAUACUAAAGCACCCAUUAUUAUUGUUUAAAUAAUGUUUAUUUGCAGUUAAUUAGACAUUUGUGGCAAGUCAUGAAUGCAAGCAGUGAUUCAGGGUCUGUUACUAAGUUAAUUUCUGCUCAUGUGAUGUGCAAAGUGAAACAUUGUGUGUGUGUUCGACGUAGUUGAAGCAGCAUGGCCAUUUUUUAGUGUGUCCGAAAUCAAGAAAGCGAAAAAAAAAAAAACGAGAGUGCAAUGUUUGUCAUGACCAGCAAGAAUCUGCAUUACUUUCUGAAUUGGUGCAGCAAAAAAGAUAAACUGUGGUGUCUCUACAGUGUGUGAGAAAUGAGGGCAUUAAUUCUGCCAUGAAUCUACUACCUGAUAUUUAUUAUUUACCAGCUUAUGCUAUUCAAUGUGUAUGAUCAUUUUUGAGCGAUUCAAGCCCUGACAAAGGCGAACACUCAUUCCAAGAAAGAAUAGUGGAUUUUGUGCUUUUGUCAGGCCUUGACCACUUGCAUUUUAAUGAGCUCUCAUUUUUGUAGAUCUGUUGUAUACAAAAUAGUUUUCCUCUGGUAUCUUGUUAUAGUCCUGCAUCCCUGGCCCCGCCUUUUCAGUUCCAAAACGUUGUAGAUAUGUCUAAUCAGUGCUUUUUUUGUUACAGCUACUGUACUGGGAGAUUUAUUGAAUAGCUUGUUGUGAAAUUUCAAAUUAUUUCUGCAGAAAUAUACCCUCCACAGAAAA